AUGUCUUCUCCUAGUUCGGAAAACCAUCACGACGGCAUUACCUCACAGCUGAAGGCGCUCGUCGACACUCUCUGCGUCUCACUUGAAGCAUCGAUCCACCACCUCAACUCCAUCUACCCUCGAUUAAGAGACUGCGAGAACACAGCUUUGCAACCACCAUACAACAAAGACCCGACCGAAAUUAGACGGCUUCUGCCGCACCACGUCGUCCAAGGAAUUCUUCCUGCUCUUUUUUCCGACCACGGAAGCCCAUUUCACGUCAAGUCAUCGAGAAACCAGGCUUAUCUACGAAACAGCGCCAAAGACUGGGGCGUCACUCCAACGUGCCUCUUGUUCUUCAUCGCAUACGAUUACGGCCAACAGGGCGAGGAAUUCUUCCGCUCCCUUCGUGCGCUCGCUCUUGCGUGCCCUAGGUGGGACGACUCCAUUAACCUUCUUCACCAGUGCGCCGCCCAGCGCCGCAGCGAAACACGCACAGCCAAAAAGUCCGGCGUAAACACCAAGAGGAUUGGCAUCACACUAUCUGACGUGACCAGGGCCAUCGCUCAAACCCAGCCACCAAUUGGAACUCCCAGUGUCCGACGCCGAGGUCGCCCUAGAAAGACACGAGAGGCCAGCGAGGCCAGUGAGGCUAGUAUUCCAGAGAAAGACGUCGAUAGUUACACUUGCGACUUGGGACAACAGCAGGAGCCUCAUCAGCCUCAAGACUCGGAAGAAGUGUCGAUUCCUCAUCCGCCUGAGGAUCUGGGAGAAGAGCUGAGCCAGGAAGCCGAACAAGAUUCCAACAGUGGAGAACAAGGCCAAAGGCUGGAGACUCAGACGGUUGGAAAUACAGGAAGUCCAGAAACGGAAGAAAGUGACAUACAACCACCCGAGACCCCACACGAAGAACGAAACCAAGAAUUCGAAGCUCAAACAGUUGAAAGCACGGAAAGUCUCUCGCCGGAGGCGGAGGAAGGCUACAUAUCAUCACCUGAAGCACCCCGUCGCCAGCAAUUGAUAGCUGAGUCGUCUACAUCAAGCCCAGCAUUAUUCGAUUCUUCCAAUCUCUUAGAAAACCCUCAGCCAGACUGGAGCACUGAAAUCGAUCAAGAGCAGCCCUACGAAGGGAAUGACUGGUUCAACCCAUACGGUUUCGAGGAUCAAGAAGACGACGACGAGCCACAGCCUCCAGGCAUAGGUUACAACGACAACACCGACUUCGAGUUUCCACCACUUGGAGAGAGUGUGACAAUACAACGCCGCGGGAAGCGCAAGACCUCUUUAUCCACGUCUACACGUUUCGUCAUGUCUUGCGAAUCACCAGCCAGAAAGAGACGUUGCACCGAACAGCCGCCGCAUGAUCCGGAAAAGCUUCUGCAACCUGGAUCAUCCAUUAGAGGAGAAUGGCUUGACAAGGCUCUAGGUUUUAUCUUGAGCAGCGUGGGAGCAGUCUUCGUCAGCAGUAUCGAACUGCAGAACAUAGACGCCAAUAAUUCAGAGUCCUGGGUGCAGACCGCGCAGAGAGUGAUGAGGACUAGCCUGGUCGUCCUAGCCCUGCAUGUCGAGGAAGGCCAUUGCGCUCUCGUUAUUAUCCUCAAAAGCGAAGACCGCUAUGCUGCCAAGCGUAUCCAGUUAUACGAUCCAAACCCGACCGCACAGUCAGCUACUGUCAUUAAGGAGACGACAGCCAAGUUUAUCGGGCUUUACCUCUCAAAGACGCCCUCACACAUGCGGGUGCCUGACCCAGGGUUCAACCCUGGAGUGCAGAGUGAUGGCGCCGACUGUGGUGUGUUUUUGUUUGCCACGUGCAUGCACAUCCUCACCAAGUGGCCCUUUCGUCCAGAUCUCAACUUCAGUCUUUGGCGUUUCAUUUUAGCGGCUUUCCUGGGAGUCUCAACCAAGGACUGGGACUGUCUUGUCCCUAGCCCAGGCAAAGAACCUGUGGUCGACCGUGCUGAAUCCAUUGAUUUGGCUACCCAGACCCAGAGCGCAUUUGAGUCGUUUGAGGAAAUUUCAAACUCGUUUGCAGCCUGGCAGAACCGCACAGCCCACGAACUACAGGACUUUUAUCAAGCAGAGCUUAAGAAGAUACGGGCAGCUUUGUAG